UAUACAUGAAUUGCUUAACAAAUCUCACAUAAACUAACAAAACUUCUCUUAGGAGACAAGGAAUCUAUCUAAACUGGGUAAUCUCUUUGACGUACUAAGAGAUCCUAACUAGAAACCCUUUGUGAGACCCUAAGCUAAUGACUUGAAUUAAGGGAAAGGUAUUGCUUAAGCAGCCUUUCCCAAACUAAACCUUCCUUGUCUCCAAAUGCAAUAUCUAUCUAUAUAUUAGUUGACGGUACUAUCCAAAAUUUCAAGAUACGAUUCUGAACAAACUGUAGCGUUAUGAACGAUACCAGGGAGCAACGAGCAAAACCUGUACCAAUGGCAGCUGUGGUGGAUCAAUGGAAGGAAACAGAGCUAAGCAAAUCAAGAAACAAGUACGAGAAGCUAAGUGAGAAGAUUGUGUCAUGGGAAGAUAAGAAGAGGAAAAAGGCAAAGAGAAAGCUUCAUAGAACAGAGAGAGCUGUAGAGAAAACAAAGUUGAAGGCGGUCCAGAGGUUCACGGACGAAAAUGAACGUAUUGAGAUCAUCGUUGCAAGUGCAAGAGCACAUGCAUAUGAGAGUCGAAUGAAAGAAGAGUUGAAGGUUAAGGAGAAAGCAAACCUCAUGAGAACAACUGGUAGGAAACCCUCUGCAUGCCUCUGAAUCCUGCAAAGUUGCAGGAAAUGUAAAACCGAACAUUCUUUAACCGCUGAUCACUAUUGUCCAACAUGUAAAAUGCAGACACAAAUACAUAAGGUGUUUUAAUCUAUUAGAGUAUAAGAGAGAGAUAACACA